AUGAUGUAUACAAUGAAAGAAAAUUUCAAUUCCACUAUUUUUAUUAAAAUCUUUAUCUUUACUCUUUUAAUUUGGAUAAUUCAUUAUAACAAUAAUCUGAUGCAGUGGUUAUUGGAUGAGACGUAUAAGUUAGAUAGAAAUUUAUACAUAACAACUAAUCGACUGUUAGCGCAUUAUUCAGUGAAUGGAAAAUUUGAUGUGUUAUAUAGUAAAGUACUAGAUGAAGAAGAUAUAUCUGAAAAUAACAAAGACACAUUAUUAAAAAACGAAGAAUUAAAAGAUAGUACAUUAAAUAGAGUGGAAUGGGAUAAAGUAGCUAAAAGUAAUAAAUCUUCGUUAUUUAGUAGAGUGGAUGUAUAUUGUGAAAAACAAAUAUUCAGUUUAUUAGAUUCCUUUGACAAAAUAAGGAAUAACGAAGAAAUCAACUAUUGGGAAAAGUGUAAAGCCAUAAAUAGAAAGAAGAUAAAAUUAGCACUUAUUCCAUUAUUUUUGUUAGUAUUGAGUUUAUCAGUAUUUUUAAAAUUAGUUCAUAGAUUUAAAGAACUAUCUACUAAAGGUAGUAGUGAUUUGUUAACAAUAGUUUUACUAGGUUUGAUAUUUGCAAUUAUCAUAUCUAUUGUAUUAGGUAUUAUUUAUACCUAUAAAAAAAUUAAAAAAUAUAGAAUGAUAAAGAAAAAAUAA